UAUACUUCUUGAAAUAGCACGGCUGCUCUUGCGACAGCCACGCCGCUGGGCAACGAUUGCAAUUCCCUGCACCACCGCCUGCACCAUUCAUAUACACCAGUCAUAAGAAUGCUGGGGGACUUGAACUUGCCGAUGGACGAGGUGGAGCCCGCCUUGCACCGCGAGCGAGUCGCGGCACUGCUCGCAGCGGGGUACGACGCGGUGGCAGUGGUGCACACCGCCGCGGGGCGACUGUCAGAGGCGGACCGGUGCAAAUUCCAGCCGCUCACCGCCACCGAGCUCGCCGCCGCGCGCCCCGACGCCCGACGCGUCCUGGUGCUCCGCGCCGGCGCCAGCACAGCCGCCACCGCCACACUGCCAACUGCUACUGCCGCCAACCCCUCAACCAGCACCUCCACAACCACCGGCAGCAGCAGCAGCAGCAGCAGUAGCAGCAGCUGCCACCUGCAGCAGCUGAGUCGGCUGCACUUCGUGGCGGCGGAUGUGGUGCAGGCGGCGCAGCUGGGCUCGGGCGGCGCCAACGGCGAGCUGCUGCGGAGCUACGACCUCGUGUCCAUCACACCCAAGAACGAGCGGGUGCUGCACAUGGCCUGCACCAACCUGGAUGUGGACAUCGUUUGUCUGGAGCUCAGCAGCCGCAUGGCCAUGAAGCUGCGGCCGCCGGCGGUGAAGGCGGCGCUGAGGCGGGGCGUGCACUUCGAGAUCUGCUACGCCCCCGGCCUGCGCGAGGUCACGGCACGGCGCAACCUGUUCUGCAACGCUCAGGCGCUGGUGCGCGCCACUCGAGGCCGGAACAUCCUGCUGAGCAGCUCUGCCCGCACGGGCUGGGAGGUGCGGUCGCCGCUGGAGCUGGUGCACAUGGCGGCGCUGUUUGGACUCACGCGGCAGCAGGCGCAGGAUGCUGUGCGCCUGGCGCCGCGGACGGUAUUGGCACAUGCGGCUGCGAGAUUGGCGGGCCGAGGCGCGGCGGCCGUCGGCACCGCGACGCCAGCUGCGGGCGGCGAUGUGGAGAUGGAGGACGUGGAAGCGGCGGCGGGCGAUGCGGGCGAGGACGGCAAGCUGCAGGGCCAGCAGCCGCAGCAGCUGCAGGCGGGGCGAGGCCGCGGCGCGAGUGGCGCGGUGGGGGCGGCGGCGACUGCUCGCAAGCGUGCGGCCGGCGGGAGCUGAGGGCUCCGCGGUGCCCUGCUGCCAUGUGCAGCUGGAUAGGCACCUGGCAUACAUCUGCAAUUGGAAUGGGGGGUGCAGGUGUGGUGCGCAUUGCUCGGAAGGGCACGUCAGUGCUCUGGCCGGCCCGAAAAGACGGCACAAAUCACACGGCUGAUGCGCAAGUAUAUCGACUCGCCGGCGCUCGUACUAGUUGUGUAGUGCGGGCGCCAUGGCGUCUCUGCCAUAUGACCGCCAGAGCCACCACCAUCCACCAUGCCCACUGCCGCCGCCUCUCUACCUGGGGGGCUCUACACGUUAGCAAGCCCCAGACGCACCCAACGAUUCGGACACUGCCGUACUGCGUGUCCUUCCUCACGGCAUUGCGUGAGCGUCAACUAGCCUGACACUUGAAUUAUUCCGGCUGUGCGGACUGGUGAAAAGUGUGGCUGCAGCAAUGCAGGACCUCCGCUUUUCCACUGGAUGCCUUGCAUCCGCGCUGCCUCCCUUGGGUGAAUGGCUAAGAGUACUUGCAUCGUAUUGCAGGAUGCGGCUGCCGGUGACGGGGGUGUGGAUGAGGGCGACUGUGGAGGCGCGCUGCGUAGUCACUCGGGUGGGGGCUGUCGCGAUGUGAAGGAACAGCGGGAAGACCUGCGGUGGCUCAAGCAGCGGCUGCUACGGGGGCGCAGUAGCACGUGUCCGGUACAUUGUGUGCACGUGCAGGUGUGGCUCAUGUCACAGCUCUCGUUUUUUUGCGUGCGGUGUUCCCGGCGUUUGUGGUAACGCCCCAAGGUCGCACCGUCGCGUCCUGGCGUUUGGGCAAGAGCUAUGUGCGCUGGGUGCAUGAGGGACGCCCAGCAGCCCACGACCCGUGUCAAUCAGUCCUAGGUGUGUCGUGCAGCUCCAGGAUUCGAACCCGAAGCAGCUAGCUGCGAAGAUAGGAAGAUGUAAAAUGCUGUGGGC